UCAGAGCAAAGGGCGAGUCCGCAGGUUGGCAACUUCAUGCACUACAUAACCCGAUUCAUCACCGGGUUUGCCAUUGGAUUUGCUCGUGUCUGGCAAAUCAGCCUCGUAACCCUCUCGAUUGUCCCUCUCAUUGCCAUCGCCGGAGGUAUCUAUGCCUAUGUUGCCGUUGGGCUCAUUGCCCGUGUUCGAAAAUCUUACGUGAAGGCCGGAGAGAUUGCCGAAGAGGUUAUUGGGAAUGUUAGGACAGUGCAAGCGUUUGUGGGGGAAGAGAAGGCAUUAAAGAGUUAUAAGAACGCACUAGUGAAUACAUACAAGUAUGGCAGGAAGGGGGGUUUGGCGAAGGGACUUGGGCUUGGAUCAUUGCAUUGUGUUCUGUUCUUCUCGUGGGCGUUGCUCACUUGGUUCACUAGUAUUGUUGUUCAUAAGGGCAUAGCGAAUGGAGGAGAAGCAUUCACAACGAUGCUCAACGUUGUCAUUGCAGGACUGUCACUAGGUCUAGCAGGGCCAAAUGUCUCCACAUUCCUCAGAGCAAGAACCGCUGCGUACCCCAUUUUUGAGAUGAUAGAAAGGAGCGCGGCUAGGGAAACAAGUUCAAGGUUGAGGAAAACUACUCUGCCUAAUCUUGAUGGUCAUAUAGAACUUCGUGAUGUUAGCUUCGCAUAUCCUUCGCGUCCAGAUGUUCGUGUAUUUCACAAUCUUAAUCUUGACAUACAAUCUGGGAAAAUUGUUGCUCUUGUUGGUGGGAGUGGGUCGGGAAAGAGCACGGUAAUAUCGCUGAUUGAGCGGUUCUACGAGCCCCUUUCUGGAGUCAUACUUUUGGAUGGACACGACAUCAAGGAUUUGGACCUCAAGUGGUUGAGGCAGCAGACUGGUUUGGUCAAUCAGGAGCCAGCCCUUUUUGCCACAAGCAUCCGAGAGAACAUACUCUACGGAAAAGAUGAUGCAACCUUUGAUGAGAUCAACCAUGCUGCUAAACUUUCGGGGGCUAUAACUUUCAUCAACAACCUACCUGAUCAAUAUGAAACACAGGUUGGCGAGCGAGGUGUCCAAUUGUCUGGUGGGCAAAAGCAACGGUUAGCAAUAUCGAGAGCCAUACUGAAAAACCCCUCAAUUCUUCUCCUCGACGAGGCUACAAGUGCACUUGAUGCCGAGUCAGAAAGGAGCGUUCAGGAGGCACUUGACCGUGUCAUGGUCGGUCGAACCACAAUCAUAGUAGCCCAUAGGUUGUCCACUAUAAGGAACGCAGACAUCAUUGCUGUGGUUCAAGGAGGGAAGAUCAUAGAGACUGGAAACCAUGAACAGCUCAUUCUGGAUCCUCAGAGCGCCUAUGCCUCCCUUGUUAAACUCCAAGAUGCUGCCGUUCAGCAAUCACCCCCCUCUGAGGAUGCGAACAUUGGCCGACCUCAAAGUAAAACAACUAGUUUAGGGGCAAGCUUUCGCUCUGACAAGGACUCUGUCAGUUGCUUUGUUCCUGAAGAAAUUGGUCCUUCGAAGGCAAAGCCUGUCUCUAUGAAAAGGUUGUAUUCUAUGAUAGCUCCUGAUUGGCUAUUUGGUGUUACUGGGACCCUAGCUGCAUUUGUAACUGGUGCCCAGAUGCCACUCUUUGCCCUCGGAGUAACUCAAGCUCUCAUUUCCUAUUACAUGGAUUGGGAAACCACACAGAGGGAAGUGAAGAAGAUUGCACUCCUCUUCUGCAGUGGUGCUGUCGUUACGGUGAUUUCUCACGCCAUUGAGCACAUGAAUUUUGGUAUCAUGGGUGAAAGACUUACACUGCGCGUCCGAGAGAAGAUGCUUGAAGCAAUUCUGCAAAAUGAGAUUGGAUGGUUUGAUCAUGCGAGUAAUAACAGCGCAAUUUUGUCCUCUCGGCUUGAAACUGAUGCAACCCUGCUUAAAACUAUAGCUGUUGAUCGCUCAGCUAUCCUCCUUCAAAACAUAGGAAUGAUAGUAACAUCACUCAUAAUUGCAUUCAUCAUUAAUUGGAGGAUAACUCUUGUGGUUCUGGCUACUUACCCGUUGUUGGUCACCGGUCAUAUCGCUGAGAAGCUGUUUCUGAAAGGAUUUGGAGGGAACUUGAGCAACACCUACUUAAAAGCAAACAUGCUUGCUGCGGAGGCCGUGAGCAACAUCAGGACAGUUGCUGCCUUUUGCUCAGAGGAGAAGGUUAUCAGCCUAUAUUCCAGAGAGCUCGAGGGGCCGUCAAAGCAGUCUUUCCGCCGUGGUCAGGCUGCAGGCAUCUUUUUUGGUGUUUCUCAGUUCUUCCUCUUUUCGUCCUACGCCCUGGCUUUGUGGUACGGCUCAGUCCUCAUGGGCAGAGAGCUUGCAGGAUUCGGUUCUAUCAUGAAAUCCUUCAUGAUCCUGAUCGUGACUGCACUAUCCAUGGGAGAGACUUUGGCGAUGGCUCCAGAUAUCAUCAAAGGAAAUAAAAUGGUAGCUUCGGUGUUUGAGGUUUUGGACCGCGAGAGUGAAGUCUCGGGUGAUGCUGGGGGUGAUAUAGAGAAGGUGAAAGGAGUAAUCGAGAUGAGGAGGGUCGAGUUCCAGUACCCUUCAAGGCCUGAUGUCAUGAUUUUCAAAGAGUUUGAUAUGAGGGUGAAUGCUGGGAAGAGCAUGGCACUGGUGGGCACAAGUGGUUCAGGCAAAAGUACAGUGCUGGCACUGAUACUAAGAUUCUAUGAUCCAACAGCCGGAAAAAUUAUGAUUGAUGGUAAAGACAUCAAAAAAAUUAAACUCAAGGCCCUUCGGAAACACAUUGGACUUGUCCAACAGGAGCCGGCACUCUUUGCUACCACCAUUUAUGAUAACAUCCUCUACGGAAAGGAUGGUGCCGCGGAAUCAGAGGUCAUUGAGGCAGCGAAACUUGCAAAUGCACACUCCUUCAUCAGUGCUCUGCCUGAAGGCUACUCAACUAGAGUUGGCGAGCGUGGGGUCCAGCUAUCUGGGGGGCAGAAGCAGCGGGUUGCCAUCGCGCGAGCCAUCAUAAAGAAUCCCGCAAUAUUGCUUCUUGAUGAGGCAACCAGUGCGCUUGACCUUGAGUCUGAGAAAGUUGUCCAGCAGGCGCUGGAUCACGUCAUGAGAGGCCGAACCACUCUCAUGGUUGCUCAUCGGCUUUCCACCAUCCAAAAUGCUGAUAUCAUCUCGGUACUUCAGAAUGGGAAGAUCAUAGAGCAAGGAAACCAUUCUACACUCGUGGAGGAUAGGCAGGGGGCUUAUUUCAAGUUGAUAAACCUUCAGCAGGGUCAACAACAACAGUAGCUUUGUUACCUGCACAGAAGAAUCCUGCUCCUCGAGACAAAAUUAUUGCAAUUUUUUAUGCAACUUUUUUCACUGUGUAUUGUUGUAUUAACAAUGUUGAUAAUCAGAAUCAGUACCUACAGGUGUAAAUUGUUAUUCUUUCUGUACUCGCUUUUCAACUUUUUUUCAAGAGUAACUGUUUAAUUUCGUA